UGUGCACAAAAUUUCACUUCUGCAUUUUAUUUAAUUAUUUUCUGUUUGUUUCUCGGGAAGGUCGGUUUAGAAGUUGAUCCCAGUGCGGAGGCAGGGUGAUGGAAGCCGGUGGGAAGUUCAAGAAAGGCGCAGGAGGGAGGAGAGCCGGCGGUCCCAAGAAAAAACCGGUUACCCGGUCUGUGAGAGCUGGUCUGCAGUUCCCGGUCGGACGUAUCGGCCGGUACUUGAAGCAUGGCCGAUACGCUCAGCGAAUCGGAACCGGAGCUCCGGUUUAUCUGGCUGCUGUGCUCGAGUACCUUGCUGCUGAGGUUUUGGAACUGGCUGGAAAUGCUGCAAGAGACAACAAGAAGAAUCGCAUUAUCCCAAGGCAUGUGCUAUUGGCCGUGAGGAACGAUGAAGAACUCGGAAAGCUCCUGAAGGGUGUGACAAUUGCUCAUGGUGGUGUGCUUCCCAACAUCAACCCUGUGCUUCUGCCAAAGAAGCAUGAGAGGGUUGCGAAGGAGCCCAAGUCGCCCGUCAAAGCUGCCACCAAGUCCCCUAAGAAGGCAUAACUGAUCUAAUUAGCAGUGUCUAUGGUAGUACCUUUCUAUGGAGUCUCCAUGUCUGUACAUGGUUAGUAGGAUGCCUUCAUGUGUCGUUAUCUCCCUCGUUAUCCCACUAGGACUUAAGACUCUUGUAAUCUCUGUUUCAGUAUCCGCUUAGAACAUCUGUGUUUCAUAUGAAAUGAAAUUCACCCGACUUCUAAA